AAUAGUACAGAAUUCCUGCAAUGUUCAUUAUCCAGCAUCAUUGGUCUAGUGGUAGAAUUCGUCGUUGCCAUCGACGAGGCCCGUGUUCGAUUCACGGAUGAUGCAAUUUUUUUGCUGAACGCGAUUUUUUCCCUCUUUACUCGUCGACACAAUAAAUGAAUUUCUGUCGUUAUUUUGAAUCUCUCAAAUGUGCGAAAAUAGGGUUAAGCGUAUGUUGAAUGGAAAGGAAAUGCUUGGGUGUGUCACGUGCAAACCCAGCCUUCAAACAGACCAGGUCCAUUUUGUAUCAACUUUGACAAAUGACAAUACGUUGAGGUCCAAUUUAUUCAACUGCAUUUUAGGAACGUCGGCCCGUCUGAUAAGUGAUCCGUCCCAAUGGACGCUCCGGAUGACAGAGAUAUAAAGCUCCAGCGUGCAUCCGGAGAGUUGCUCAAAGAGUUCAAGGAGAAAUUAGCCCCGCUGUUAUGGAAGCAAGCAACUGACGGGCGACGAGUGGUCCAUAGAUGGUCUCAGCCGCAAAAAGAAGCUCGACUAAUUGAUGUGCUGGAGCGGUUUCAAGAAUGGCCACAACUACUUGAUCCUCACUUGCAGGACUUCCUGCCUCAGCUAGUUGAUGCGUUUCUGGCCUAUUUAACUCAACAUCGACAUCUAUAUGGCUCUAAAGAUGGUAAAGCACCAUCUGCCACCCGGAUAGUGCCACUUCCCAGAUCCAUCUGUAAAAUUCUCUACACUUUUUGCAAGGUCAGGGGGUUCAAAGUAGUCAGCCGUUUCUUGAAUAAUGAGCCCAAGUACCUGGAUCUUAUGCUUCGGGCAUUUAAUGAAUGGGAAUCGAUAGUACUUGAUGAUCCACAGGUGCCAUCAGCCUCUGACAUCAAUGUGAAUCCACCCACUUGGGAAGAGCGCUAUGUUAUGCUACUUUGGCUUUCUCAUUUGUUGCUGGCCCCCUUCGACUUGAUGUCUCUGUCAUCAGAUGAUAUUCAUAUCGUAAAUCCAAAACGGAUGGAUAUCAUAAAAAUUCCUUCGAAAAUCCCUAAACUUUCUCAGGCUAUUCUCUCCUUGGCUACCAAAUAUGUCGUUGCUCCGGGAAAAGAAAGAGAGGCAGCUACAAUACUUCUUUCCCGAUUGGCUCUACGCCCCGAUAUGCAACGACUUGGUCUCUUGCAAACACUUACAGAUUGGGCUUUUUCUGUAAUGCAGCCAAGUACCGAGACACAAACACCACCUACUUAUACUUACAUUGGGAUUCUGUCAUUUCUGGCGAAACUGGGGGCUUCCGCCCAGGCUGAGGAUCUUGCCUCCAUUGUCGCCCAUAUUUUUGACAGGACGCUUCAGAUUGCUCAAGAGGAGUCAGCAUUCUUCACUAAUAUAAGAUCCUCGGCCUCGGCACGAAAAAUGAUUAUCAAGAUUCUACGCACAUCUGCUACUCUAGCCUUGACUCUUGCAGAACGAGGCAACUCCCAGAUUUCUGAAGACAAAAUUUCAUUCAUCCUGGAGGAAUCAAUCGAUUAUUUCCUUGUGGCACUUGCUGAUAAAGACAUGCCUGUCAGGUUCGCUGCCAGCAAGGCUCUUGCGGUCGUGACUUUGAAAUUAGACGGAGAGAUGGGGGCAGACGUUGUUGAAGCAGUGACCGGUUCAUUAGACGAGAACAUUCUAUAUGAAAAGAACGAUGGAAGCCUUGUGACAGCAUUUGAGGCAAGCAAGAUGGAUCUAAACGAUCUUAAACGCAACUUGAGCGCUGUUGACCCACAACGCUGGCAGGGGCUAAUCCUUACUCUGUCACAUUUAUUAUUUAGAAAUGCCCCUCCUCUCCGCCAAAUGCCAGAAAUUUUGCAAGCUCUCGUCUCGGGACUAGACUUCGAGCAGAGAUCCAUGACCGGUAGCUCUGUCGGUACUGGUGUGCGAGAUGCGUCAUGCUUCGGUUUAUGGGCUGUGUCACGUAAGUACACUACCAAGGAAUUGCUUUCGCUCGACACAAGCUCGGGAAAGGUUCCUACAUAUCAGGAAAAGAAAGGUCUUCUCCAGAUGCUUGCUGUAGAGCUUGUGUGUGCCGCCUGUGUUGAUCCAUCAGGAAACAUUCGUCGUGGUGCCUCGGCCGCGUUGCAGGAGCUGAUAGGUCGGCAUCCAAACACCAUUGUCGAUGGGAUUGCUUUAGUCCAGGUUGUAGAUUACCAUGCAGUGGCACGGCGCUCGAGGGCGAUGAUAGAAGUCGGUAAAGGCGCUGCUCUCAUAGAUAGUGUUUAUUGGAAACCCCUCGUCAAGUCUUUACUUCUCUGGAGAGGCAUUGGAUCAGCAGACCCUGAAUCUCGUCGAACUGCCGCAUUCGCACUUGGAGAGUUGAGCACACAGCAUUCUUUCAAGUCGCUCAGAACCGUACUUCAGAGUCUACGAUCGCGGCUUUCAAGUAUCGCACCCAAAGACAUUGAAAGUCGACAUGGUUGUCUCUUAGCACUUUCUGCUGUAGUCGAUGCUUUCACUCGGGAAUUUGAGACUGGCCCUAAUCAUGAGGAUGCAGCUGUUGUAAAAAAUGAAAUACUACAGCUGUGGGGGAUCUUUGACUCGUCUCGAGGUCCCACUAAAGAUGAUCUCACUCAACAAUCUUUACGCCCUGAGCUAACAGCCGAAGCAUCAUCUCGUCUCAUUGCAUCUCUAUCACGUAUGGUAGGUACGUUCUCUCUGAAGGAGGAUGUCUGUGAGGCCCUUGUUGCGAAAGCUUUGGAUGUUCUCCUCCUUUGUGUAUUUCGUGGUGAGGAUAUCGCAAUUGAAGCAUCAUCCGAAGGUGCAUCUCAGCUUUUCCGAAUUCUUCCGUUGUGGAAACAGGAAGAAACAAUACAAGGCUGGUUUGCAAACAUACAUGCUAGUUGGAAGUCAGCGACAGGCCGUGGACAGAUUUCUGCAUUGGGCGCUGUAUUCCAUCAGCUUCCUGUCCAGAGUGAGAUACGACAAUUUAUUACUAAAGAACUGAUUCUAUGUACGACGGACGAAGGAUCCAUUGGAAAAAGGGUCUCUGCUGUCAAAUGCCUGUCAACCGGCGUACUUCCACAUAUUGAUCUAUCAGAAGACAUUGUUAACCUCUUUGUCGGGUUUCUGACGGAUUACACCACAGAUCGCCGAGGAGAUAUUGGGUCAUUUAUACGUAUUGAAGCAAUACAAGCUGUGCAAGCUACCUUUUUGAAAAAAUUAGACAAGCCUCAACAAGAACAUAUUGAGCGUUUGCUUCAAUGCCUCUGUCGGUUAGCUUCUGAGAAGCUAGAUAAAGUGAGAUUCCAAGCUUGGACAUGCUUACAACGAUACUGGGAAAACACGUCAGAUCUGCCAUUGCUCGAAAGGAAGUUCGAACAUUUCAGUCAGGUUUCAUCCUUUCAAUACUUCCACCAACUUCUCAAACUCCUUCAUCUAAACUAUCUUCGAAGAGGGCUGCUGCACGGCCUUGUCACAUCAGCUAGUGCAGGAAUGGAUGGUUUGAUCCAGUCCUCGCGUUUCGCACUAAUAGAUUUUAUCGAAGGUCAAACUAAUAACAAGUUUGAAUGGGUUGAUCGAAUAAUCGGGGAUCUGGUAGCCAUAUUGGAGCUUAAUCUUCUUGAUGAUCGAUACGCAAUUCCUACUAUGGAGAUAUCUGCUUUCCUGCUUGAUAUAUAUUCAGCCCAAGCAGCCAACCCGCUGAAUCAUACAACUCUACGGAAGCUGUUUGUCCUGGUCCAGAAAGCCCACUUCAAAUCUUCCAAUAUUCCUCGAUUAGAAGCAGCUGUCAAAGUUUACUCGGCUCUGUCACAUGUACAAGCGUUACGAAAAGACGUAUUGAAGAAACUCACCUCUAUACUGUUGCAUCCGUAUCCUAAGAUUCGUGCGGCUGUCUCCGAUUCGUUGUUCAUCGAGACUAAUUCUGAUUUAGUGAGGGAUGAAGACUGGACUGCGCCUCCAAAACAAUUCAAAGACUCGGUUGAAAAGCUAAGAGAGGCAUUACAAGUUAUCUAGAUAAUUUAAAGGGGCUUUUCUGGGUGUGUCCGGUAUUCUAAUUUAUGUUUAGAAUUACAGACGUAGAGAUGAUUCCCUAUCAUACAGUGGGCACUACACAGAUUCAAUUGAUAUUAAUUUAUAUGCAUCUAUAUCAGUUGAUAGAAUAUACAGACAGCUUGACAUACUUGCAGACUUGGGUCCACAUCCAUGGACUCCCCAAGCGAGUAUCUACCAUACUAAUGUUGCUCAGAGGCAUAUGUACCUCGACUUUCAGCCAUCCGAAACUAUAUGGACCACACACAACAUAUUGAUUGUUGCCUGAAAAUAAUCUCCA